AUGGAAAACAGCAUCUCAGACUCUCUAGACUUAGCCCAAAAGCAAGUGCUAGGAUUCAUUUACGGGUACUUGGUUCUGGAACGGACCACCACCAACUUAGUUGUUUGGGCCCAACACAUGGAAGCUUAUAAAAACCUGUACAAGUGCCUUAAUGCACAAGUCUGGUCUAAUGCCCCUAGCAGCCACAUGGGUGGAGGGCAAGGCAAGCAGGAUGACUCUGCUGUGGCUGAUCACGUGACCCGGCUGAAACUCAAACUCCUUGAGAAGAAACUAGAAAAUGAACAUGAAAACUUGGAUGACUUUGAAUCUCCCUUCUCUGCAGCAAGAAAUCUCGAUGGUCAUGACACUGCAUUACAAAAUGCACUAAGACGAAGAAAAGAUCUUCUGCAGCAACUCAGGGAGCAAAAGCUUUUGGAAGACUUUUCUAUCCCGCAUGGAUUGCCAAGUAUACAGAGAAAAUGCUACAGACCAGAACCUGAACAUGUCUACCAAAUUCCUCUUCCUCUUCCUCUUCCUCCUCCAACUCCUCUACCUGAGCAACCAAGGAUUAUCCAGCAGACAUUGCCUCAGCAGCCAGCAACCAUCAUUCAACAAAUACCUCAGCAACAGCCACCACUCAUCACCCAGAUUCCACCUCCUCAGCCUUUCCCAGCUCCUCGCUCUGGGAGUAUUAAAGAAGAUAUGGUGGAGAUGAUGCUAAUGCAAAAUGCACAGAUGCACCAGAUCAUUAUGCAGAACAUGAUGCUGAAAUCUCUGCCGCCACCUGCUUAUCCAGCCGCAACUGGGCCUGGGGUUCCUAUGCUUCACAAUGGACAACAGUUUGCUGCCCCUCUGGUGGUAAGAGCAGACAGGUCACGACCAUCAACGGUGCAUCAUCAUCAUUACACAUCUACUGGGGUACCAACUAUUCCAUCUCAGCUUGGCUUUCCCAUGUGGCAUUCAGUAAUGUCUCCUGGUCUUGGCACACAGCUUGGAGGGUUCCCGUCUGAUGUACAUCAUCUGCCAAUCCCAGCUACUGCAACACACACGGUACCAACCAAUGGAUUCCUUGGAUUGCCCCAGGGAUUGUAGUCUUCAUCGAUAGCACCUAGCAAAGGUAGCCAGCAAAGGAAUACUGAUCACAUACCUUAACUGUCACUGGAGCUUACUUCAUCUGACCCUUAAUUUCAGAGAUGAUUGUCAUAGUACCGGCGGUGACUGAUAGCCUGAUCUUAUGCAUGUCUAUUCAGAAGGAAGUGGGAUUUAAUUCAGUGGGAUUUGCUCCCAACUAAGUGCACUCUUCAUCAUUAUUUCCUCUUUUAUUGAUGUCUACCUAAUCCGAUCUAUUUCUUCUGAAACGACAAUUCCAAAUCCUGAAGUAACUAUUAAUGGCUGCACUGGGAUGGUGUAAUUUAUUAUAAAUAUUUUCAUUUUUCUAAGCCAUUUAACUUCUUUCUUGCUUAGUUCCACACUGACCUGUAGUACAGCAAUGACUUUGUAAUCCCUGGGAAGAUUAGCAUAUAAUGUAACAAACAGAGGUAGAAAUAAAUGCAAUACUGUGGAAAAAACA